AUGGUUGGAACAGAAUCAAGCUUGACAAGUAGUGUAGCAGGAUCGGUUUCUGCUACUCCAGAUGUCCGCAUGUCUCCUUACUAUCUGCAUCCGUGGUCGAAGCUAAUGAUGAAUUCUCUUCGUCCCAAAAGGAAGAUUGGGUUUGUGGAUGGAACCUUAAAACGUCCAGUGGGAAAACCUGAAGAGGAAGAGAAGUGGGAUAUGGUGAAUGCUAUGGUUAUUGGAUGGAUCUAUAGCGCCAUGGAACCUAAGCUACGGCCUUCAAUAUCGUUGGUCGAUAGCGCUAAGACAAUGUGGGGAAGUCUCCAGAGGAGGUUCUCGGUGAGUGAUGAUACACAUAUUCAUCAGUUACAUGCUGAUAUUGCGGCAUGUAAGCAAAACGGUGAAACGGUGGAAGAAUAUUUCAGUAAACUCAAAAUCAUGUGGGAUGAUCUUGCUGAUUUUGAAAAAGGGUUCUCAUGCUGUUGCGGGAGCUCAGAGUGUGGUUCGAUGUUGAAGUAUGAGAAGAUGCAAGAAAAAAAUCGACUGCAUCAAUUCCUGAUGGGGUUAGACAACUCGCAGUUCGGAACGACUAGAUCGAAUCUGUUGAGUAGACAAAUGGAGCUCAAUCUUGACUCUGUUUACUCUCAGAUUAUUCAAGAGGAGAGACAUCUCAAUGCCAUGAGAACUUCGGACGAUAAGAUACCGGCUGUGGGAUUCUCUGCUACGACCGCAUCUUCUCUUGUUCAACCUACUGUGACGAAUGCGCAGGCAGCUGCCACAAGAUUUACGAAGUCACCGAUGGUUUGUUCUCAUUGUGGAAAACAAGGCCAUGAUUCCACGAAUUGUUUCCAAGAUAUUGGUUAUCCUGAUUGGUGGGAUAAGAACAAACCAAACGGUGGACGAGGAGGAGACAGAGGAACCAGAGGCAGAGAUGUUCAAGGAAGAGGUCGCGGUGGACGAGGCUCGGGAUUUCGAGCUUACAACACACAGAUUGCGGAAUCUACGCACGGUGUUGACACUCAGGGAACAGGAAUUCCAAACUUUACCGCAGACCAGUGGACAACUCUUGCUCAGUUCUUGAACAAUCAAAAAUCAGCUCAAAACGAGAAACUUACAGGUAAAGAAGAAAAAUUACUUUUGUUUGGAAAGGAUCGACGGUUUGACAUUGUCAUAGAUUCCGGAGCCUCACAUCAUAUGACGGGAGAUGUCAAACUCCUUAUAGACGUAAUGAAAAUUGCACCUUGUCCUAUAUCUCUUCCAAAUGGACAAAUUGCGUGGGCUACAAGUCACGGAAUUCUGAAUCUUGCGGGUCGUCUUGCUUUAAGACAUGUGUUCUUUGCACCUUCUUUAUCUGUUACACUCAUCUCUGUUGCUCAGCUUCUUCGUGCUGUUGAAAGCUCUGUGUUGUUCACUAAAAAGUUUUGUGUGAUACAUGACCUCGUUUCGAAGACUUUGAUUGGAGCGAGUAGAGAGCGUAACAGGGUUUAUCAUUACGAAGGUGCAGUUGCAGUUCAGGCUGGUCGCAUGAGUGUGGAUUCAAGCAGAGAUUUGUGGCAUCAUCGUAUGGGACAUCCGUCAUCUAAAGGUAACUUGCCUAAGAAGUAUUGGGGCGAAAGUGUGAUGACAGCCACCUACUUGAUCAACAGAACGCCUACGGCUGUGUUGAAGAACAAAACACCAUAUGAGUUGCUCUACGGAUCUCCUCUCUCUUAUGAAAACCUACGAGUGUUUGGUACUCUCUACUAUGCUCGAUGCAUAUCGCGAAACAAAGACAAGUUUGAUCCUCGGAGUUCUCGUUGUGUAUUUCUUGGAUAUCCUAUGGGUAAAAAAGGCUGGGUGGUUUGCGAUUUGGAGUCAGACAAGUUGUUUGUGUCUCGUGAUGUGGUCUUCCACGAGAAUAUUUUUCCAUACAGAGACAUCUCUCCGACGGACAAAUCCUCUGACGCGACUGUUCCUAAUCAUAUGAUCCCACAAAUAGUGGACAUGGAAGAUCCUGGAGAGUUGGAAGUUUCUGUAGAUACAGUCGUGCCAUCGGGUAAUGAGCAAGGGGGAGACAUCACUGAGACAGGGGGAGUUAGUUCUUCUCCGGUAGAAGUCACUGAUCAGGAGUCUUCUUCUGCUACUACGACAGUCCAGAAUAAUACCACCGCAGAAACAGAUGGACACCUAGGACGUGGUAGAUGUUAA